AUUAAAUGGAUCGGGCAGUGCGAUUUCCUUGUUUUAUCUUUAGUUAGUGGCCUGCUUGCAAUACUCUUGCUCUUACACUUGCUUCCCUCCUCCCUUUCCACCACCACACCACCAAAGGGUGAAUCAAUCCAGUCUACAGCCACCGACCCGUAGUCGCCAAUGCAUAUACAAAAUUCACAAGAUCUUUUCUUCUCUUCGCUUCUCUUCCAGCUCCAGAUGCGCCUUACCGCAAACCAGCAAGCCCACCGACACGUUUUUGAGCCUCGCACCGACGCCGAGCGCCGACGGGCAGGACGAUCCAGUCUGCCUUGAACCGGCCUGGGCUGAGAGAUUCUGGGGAGAGGGAAGGAGCGUCGGAGUGAGCGACGUCUUUCUCUAGGGUCUACAACUUUAUUAUUAAUACAUCUACAUCUACACAUACAUCUACGCAUACAUCUACAUCCGCGUCUGCCAACUCCGACCACAUCGAGAUAUACCUCACGAUGUUGCCUACCACUGCCACCAAGAUGAUGGCUCCGGCCCCGCCUGCCCUCAACACCGUCCGCGGUUUUGGCCCAGCAACAGUCACGUCCGGCGACGAGGACUCUGACUGUUGCGCAACCCCUCCGCUCGGCGCUCGUCGUGGCCGCGCGCAUCGACUCGACGACGUCGUCAGUGCCAACUGCAGCCCGCUGCUUCGCGCCCACAACUCACCUGCCGCCAGCGGCAUCGCAAAACUGCGCCAGAAGAUGGAACCGCUCAGCUUAAACGACUCCCGCACCAGUACUAUGACGGGUUAUAGCGACACCACCAUGACCCGCACCAACAGCCAGCAGAGUGGACUGGGUCGUAGCGACGACGAUGUGUCUGAGAACGGAUCGACCAGCUAUGAGAUCGCCUUGGAGCAUGAGUUCGUCGACGAAAGUGUUCGCGAAAAGUCAAAAUUUGGUGCCAUCGAGGGUGGACUUGUACAGCGCAAGAAGAUGCAAGCUGAUGACUUUCAACCGCUGCGAUGUCUUGGCAAGGGAACUUACGGCACCGUGCUUCUGGUGCGGCAGCGGGCAACCGGCCGCUUGUAUGCGCAGAAGCAGUUCAAGAAGGCCUCGGUCGUUGUCCACAAGAAGCUCGUGGAGCAGACAAAGACUGAAAGACAGAUCCUCGAGUCAGUCAACAGACACCCGUUUGUGGUCAAGCUUUUCUACGCUUUCCAGGACCAUGAAAAGCUGUAUUUGAUUCUCGAAUAUGGCCAGGGAGGCGAGUUGUUCACCCAUCUGAACACGGAGAAGAUGUUUCCGGAGCCUGUCGCAGCCUUCUACAUGGCCCAGAUGGUUCUCGCCUUAUCUCAUCUUCACGAUACACUGGGUGUCAUCUACCGCGAUCUCAAGCCGGAAAAUUGCCUUCUGGACUCGAACGGAAAUCUACUGCUCACAGACUUUGGAUUGUCUUCCCAGGUUCCGGCUGACGAGAACGAAGACUGCUGCAAGUCUAUCUUGGGUACAGUUGAGUACAUGGCUCCAGAGGUUGUUCGCGGUGAAAAGUAUGGCAAAGCUGUCGACUGGUGGUCAUUCGGGGCGCUAGGUUACGACCUUAUGACGGGUAAUCCACCCUUCCGAGGUGGUAACCAUGCCAAGAUUCAACACAACAUCGUCCAUCAGAAGAUUGUUCUCCCAUACUUCCUCAGUCCUGAUGCCAAGGACUUGCUUACGCGGCUGCUGAACAAGAACCCCAAGAAGCGGCUCGGUGGAAACAUGCCUAAGGACCUUGUUACCAUCAAGAAGCAUCGCUUCUUUCGCAAGAUCGACUGGAAGAAGCUGGCUGCAAAGGAGAUUGAGCCUCCUAUUCGACCCAUGAUUACGGACCCUGAACUUGCCGAAAACUUUGCACCAGAGUUUACCGAUCUACCGCUCAGUCCAGUAAUCACGGCAAAGGAUCUCUGGGGUGCUGGCUCCGUAAAGAACAAGGAUGGCUCGAAGGACGACCUCUUUGGUGGAUUCAGUUUUGUUGCAUCGAACAGCCUACUUGAAAACGCAGGCUUCCUGGAAACGGAAGCUUAGAGGAGUAGACUAAUUUGAGAUGCGAAGGGUGUGGCAGGCUACAGCGUCAUGUGCAACUUGAUACGGGCAUGGCGCCUCGAGCGUUCGUUUGCUUUACACUUAGCGGUGAGCAUGCCAUUGGAAUAGUUUCAGCAUCUUGGGCCGGUCAUGUUACAACGGCGGGUGCAAACAGGGUUAAUAGAGUAAAACUGGGUAGAUACAUAUCAGAUUAGAUAUACAUACAGGCGGAUGCUGGAGGCCUCCCGACUGAUCCUCUGAGCAAUACAACUCGUACGAUUCAAUAC